AUGGUAAAGGGAAAUAAUAAUAAUAAAAGAGGUAGCAAUAAUAAUAAUAAUAAUAAUAAUAGUAAUAAUAAAAAAUUAGAUAGACAAGUUAAAGCAUCAUUAAGAAAAAGAAAAGAGAGAUUAAAACAUGGUGAUGAAUCAUGGAAAAGAGGUAUAGUUAAAUUUCAACAACAAUUGGAACCAUUUGGAUUUAUAAUUAAAGAUGUUGCAGGCGAUGGUAAUUGUUUAUUUAGAUCAAUUGCAGAUCAAUUACAAGAUGCACCCAAUGAACAUAGGAAAUAUCGUGAAGCAAUUUGUAAAUACAUUGAAAAGAAUAAAGACAUGUUUGCACCAUUCAUUGAUGACGAAGAAUUUGAAUCAUUCGAAGAGUACAUUCAAGAGAUGAGAGAAGAUGCAACAUGGGGUGGUCAUGUUGAAAUUCAAGCAGCAUCAUUGGCUUACAAUGUAAAUAUUACUAUACAUCAAAUGGACCAACCAAGAUGGGAAAUCGUCAACCAUUUCCCACCUGAAAAAAACAAAACUAUUCAUUUAUCAUAUCAUAAUGAUGAACAUUAUAAUUCUGUAAGACCUGCAAAUCAAUCAUUAUAUCCAACAAAAUCAACCAGUUCUUCACCAGUUCCAAAUUUUGAUAAUAAACAAACUUUUCAACCUUCUUCAAAGGGUGGUAAGAAUAAUAAUAAUGGUAAAAAUAAUGGUAAAAAUAAUGGUGGUGGUUCAUUUGAUUAUAAUAAUAAUAAUGGUAGUAGUUCAUUUGAUUAUAAUAAUAGUGGUGGUAAUAGUGGAAAUUUUAUAGACGAUUCAGUUUAUGAAAUUAUGACAUUAACAGGUGAAACGAGUGUAAAAAAUAUAAAAGAAGCAUUAAUCGAUUGUAAUUAUAAUAUAGAAGCAGCUGUUGAAUAUUUACUUGCUUUAUCAUUAAGUAAAGAUGAUUCAGUUGUUGAAAAUAGCAGUAGUAAUAAUUUUGAUGAUAAUAGUAGUGUAACUACUACUGAUGAAAAUGAAAUUGAUGAAAAUAAAGAUGAUAAUAUAAAUACUACCACUACGACAACAACUACCACUACAACUACCACCACUACUACAAGUAAUAAUAAUAAUAACAAUGAAAAAGCUUCAAGAAAUCCAUAUAAAGGUAUUAAAAAGAAAGAGAAUGAAGAGAAAAAAGAAAAUCAAGAUGAAAGUAAUGCACAUUUAAGUAAUAAACAAAGAAAAAAUUUAAAACAACAACAAAAUACAAAACCAAAGAGAGAAGUUCACCAUAUUGAUAGAAAUUCAAUCGUUGACGACUCUGUAGUCAAUUUGGGUUCUCUAAAUAUUUAG